UGUUUUAGCCAAAGGGAAACCAUGUGGAUAAUUAAGACAUCUAAUCAUGUAAGAACUACGGAUGAACCUUUGCAUAAUGACCAUAUGACACAUGUUCUACAGGGUAUAUAAGAGCAUAGUCGAAAACAGAGUUUGUCAAAACAGAAACUUGUAUCAGGAAAAGAAACUUGAAAUUCAAGAUGAACAAAUUGAUGGUUUUGUUUGUGUGUUGUUUGGCAAUUGCUAUUUGCCAGGCGAGUUGGAAAAGUAAAAACAAAAAUAAAUGGAGAAACUAUGCACGCAGAAUGAACUUCAUUAAUACAACAUGGACUAACACAGUUGGCAAUGUGGCUGUAGCGGAAAGCGCAAUAUACCGCGAUGGUUUGGAUGUAGUGUUUGUGAAGUCACGUGACACGGUGAACAAUGAAGCUGUUGGCUUCAAUACGUCGUUCUUCAUAUAUGACGUUAAUGCGGCACUAGGUGCAAUCAGCGUGAAAAGCGGAAGUGUCAAGUUCUGUUUUAUCGCCGAGAUGGACGAUACAAAAACCAUGGACAUUGUGAAACAAGAUUUAGAGGCUCUAAAAAAUAAUGGAAAUGUAGAAAAGACUGUAAAGAGUAUAUACGUCUCUCAGGAUGAUGCUGCCACAGUUCAAACACUUAUGGGAAAGAGUCGUAUGAUCAGUGCCAUAUGUUCUAAAGCAGCCAAUUGUGACAGAGCGUACAUGGCGAGUACACAACAAGGAGACAAAGAAACAGUAGCUACAUGGAAAACCUCUGGAAUGUACAAUAACUAUGAAAUCAAUAUGUCCAUGAAUCCAGACUCAAGCAACAAAAUAUGUAGAGACUGGGUGAAUUUCUGGACAAAGCCCUAGUUAUACAACCGCUCAUUGCCAUUUUUUUUAAAAUUUUUAUUCUUAAAGACAGAUUUUUUUUCAUUCAAGCUCAUUGUUAUUUAUAAUCUUAAUUUAGUUUUUAAUCUUAAAAGCAAAAUUAUUUCAUUCAUGUUCAUUGUCAUUUGUAUUUUAUAUUUUGUUUUUAUCUUAAGGCUAAGUCAUUUCAUUCAUGUUGUUAUACAUUUAUUAUAAAAAUAUAAUUAAAAGUUGUUAUAAA